AUGGCUUUCAGGAAUGCGACUACUUCCAAUUCCGCGGCUAAUGGCCUGCAGGAUAAGGAAGUCAUAUUCCCAAAAGGUCCAGAGGAUACCAUCUCGGCGCUGCGUUGGUCGCCCGUGUCAAACCACUUGGCGGCCGCGUGCUGGGAUGGGAAAGUCUACAUCUUUGAUGCGAACAACCCGACAUCAACCGACACCAUCAAGGGCGUCGCCGCCAUCACUGUCGGCGCCCCUGUCCUCGACUGCGAUUUUAGCAAGGACGGAGCCAUCGCCGUUGGCGCCGCGGCAGACAAGAAGAUCCAUCUCAUGGACCUCAACUCGAGCCAGACCAUGACGCUCGAGGGACACACCUCACCCGUCCGCACCGUUCGCUUCGUCGACGUCCCCUCCGCCAAUGCCCCUAUCAUCGCCUCGGGCUCCUGGGACAAGACGGUGCGUUACUGGGACAUGCGCCAGCCACAACCCAUUGGCGCACUCCAGCUGUCCGAGCGCGUCUACGCCAUGGACGCGAACAGCUCUCUGCUUAUUGCCGCUACUGCCGACAACCAAGUCCACUUCGUUAAUCUCCACGCCAACCCACUUCAGCUGUGGAAGUCUAUCGAAUCCCCGCUCAAGCAUCGGACCACCGCCGUCUCCGUCUGCACGGGCGGAACCCACUGGGCGACCGUUGGUAUUGAAGGGCGUGCCGCUAUUCAAAUUGCAGAUGAGAAGGACGAGAGCUACAAAGCCUUGUCGUACAAGUGUCAUCGCGAGACAUCGGCCAACAACAGGAACCUGACCGACGUCUACACUCUCAACGACGUGGCCUUUUCGCCGACCCACAAGGACGUGCUCGCCACGGCCGGGUCCGACGGCACCUACUCCAUCUGGGAUGUCAAUCUGCGCCAGCGCCUGCGCUCUUUCCCCAAGGUCGCCGCUCCGGUCACGUCACUCAGCUUCUCUCGCGACGGCAUGAAUCUGGCCUACGCCGUGGGCUAUGACUGGGCCAAGGGCUACCAACAUAGCAAGGCUGGGACCGAGACAAAGCUUGUACUGCGCUGUUUCCCGAAGGCGCUGAAGGAAGAGCCGACGACCAAGAAGAAGACUUUUUAUUAAAUGUAUUUUUGUGGAGGAUGAUGGUUUGAGGGCCAAACUGCAUGGGAACCUGAACUGGUUGGGAAACCAAGAGCAUAAAUUGCUCCACAAGGGAUAUCGGGGGCAUGUAUCUGAGGACGGAAUCCUCGUUUUGGCAUCUCAUGGUUCUUCUCAUUUGAGAGAACCGACAGCAGUGACGUGAUCAUAUCAUGGUUGUCGUUUCCGGAGGAAGGAAGAUGUAUUCUCAGAGAGAAUAUGGUUAUGUGAGCAUGGAUUUCUGGUGGCACAAGACUGAUACUAAGCAUUGGGUGGGAGCGAUCAUGUUGCCAUCUACGAAGUAGACAUGGCUUUUUCUGUUGGUAUUAUGGGUAAAGGCUGAAUAUCAUAUGGUUCCCAACCACCUCUCGUUUCCUCUCACAAUCUUACAAUCCCUUCUUGAAGCG